UGUAUAUUAAUGGAGAGAGAGUGUGAGUGUGUAAGUUAAGUGAGUGGAGUCUUUCAGAAGCUCACUGCUUUGCUGAUUUUGAGGGAUGGAGAUAGAGAGAUAAAGGAGUACUGUGCAAGUUUCAACAACAGACACAUAAACAGUCCAAGAAAUUGACAAAAAACCAUAUUUUUCUUUACUGCAUUUGUGUCUUUUUCCUUAAAAACAUCAUCUCUCUCCGUGGUUUAUUGAGGAAGAAAAGAAAAAGAAAUCUGAUAAGGGGAAUUUUGGUUUUUCCAAGAAGGUUUUGUGGCAAUGUUGAGGAAGAGAACGAGGUCACUCAAGAAAGAUCAACAAACGGGUCAGUUGACAAUGUCUGAUUCUGGUUCUGAGUCGUAUUUCCAACCUGAUAAUAACAUGGGGCACAGUCACAAAGCUAACUCUUUUUUCACUGUCCCUGGCUUGUUUGUUGGGUUAAGCCAUAAGGGCUUAUCAGAUUGUGAUUCUGUUAGGAGCCCUACAUCUCCCCUGGAUAGUAGGAUGUUUUCAAACAUAGGAAACCCCCAUAAGUCCCUAAGGUCAUCCCAUGGUGGGCAACAGAAGAGCUGGGAUUGUAACAAAGUAGGUUUGAGCAUUUUAGAUUCACUUGAUGACGACGACGACGAUGAUGGGAAAGGAUAUGGCAAAGUUCUCCAAUCAUCAGAGAGUAAGAACAUUCUUUUUGGACCCCGAGUGCGAAGUAAAACCGCUAAUUUUCAAUCCCAUACCGAUCCUUUUCAAGCACCAAAGUCAUUGCCAAGAAAUUUUGCAAUUUUCCCUCGCACCCUCACCAAAUCUCCCCUUCAAAAGGACAGCUCUGAUGUUCUUUUUGAAAUUGGAGAAGGUCCUUUUGAAUCUGAGCCCUUUGGAAGGAUUCGGUCAUGUUCAUUGGACUCUUGCAGAUCAUUUUCAUCCAUGUCUCGAUUGGCUGUCCAGAACUUGAAAGCAAGUUCUCUGAAUUUUUCCUUGGAUAACAUAACUACCCAAGUUGAUUGCCCUCCCCAAUUACUUGGAGGAAGCUCAAAUACAAACAACUUUUCGAACACAAAUUUGACUUAUACCCCGAUGUCGGCAAGCUCCGGCAAUGGAUUUAUCAGUUCUCUAUCUGCAAGUGAGAUUGAGCUUUCUGAGGAUUACACAUGUGUAAUUUCACAUGGUCCCAACCCCAAAACAACUCAUAUCUAUGGUGGCUGCAUUUUGGAAUGUCACUCUAAUGACUUUAGUAAUUUUGGCAAGAACAAAGAGAAGGAGAUUGGAUUGGCCCAGGCUGCUACUUGCUCAAAGAUUCCAAGUUCAUUUCCCUCUGAAGAUUUCUUGAGCUUCUGUUACUAUUGCAACAAGAAACUGGACGAGGGAAAAGAUAUUUACAUAUACAGAGGCGAGAAAGCAUUUUGCAGUUUGAGUUGCCGUUCAGAGGAGAUUAUGAUUGAUGAGGAGUUGGAGAAUACCACCAGUAAAUCUGCCGUGGAUGUUCCCACAUCAAGCAGCUGGAAGGGGCUUUUCGAAACUGGCACCAUUGAAGCUCCAUGACGGCAAUUGCAACACUUACCAACUGCCAUCAUGCCCAUGAUUGAUGAAACUAAUGCGAAGGUAGGCACCCUGAUCAUCUGUUUAUAAAGAGCUGUUUAUGUGCAUCUCUUAGCAGCCAUGGAUGAUCGUUUUGUACAUUGUUCCCUUCGCAGUUUAUGUUUCAUCGUUUAUGGUUAUGGCUAGUUUUUGCUUUCCAUAAUUCAGGCUUGUAUUGCCUUGCAAUUCAUGUAAAACUUUUGCAGCCGAUUACUAUGGCUGCUCAAAUUAUUUUAUCCUUGAUCUCCAUUGCAGCAUAAGUUAUUGUAUAAGCCUGCAAACUCAACAACAUGUUUUUGACUGAAUAUAUAAGAUGCUACUUAUUAUA